GCUAGCAUUCUUAUAUUCACUCAGUCAAUCAUUUUCACCAUUCCAAGAACGACUUUGCGAUUCAUCAAGUGAUCUUUCUGUCACUCAGAACAGCUUAAGCUUGUAAAAGUGUUUGUCACCCGACACUUCUUCAUUAUUCUAGUAGGUGGAGAAUACGCUAAAGACGUGGAACUUGCAGGGCCGGCUUUCUUCUUCCUUUCUUUCCUCAUCAUCACGAUCACAUAACCAAAGAUGGGCUCACAAUCAACGUCAAACGAGGUGGGAAUCUCAUCAUUGCUCCAUGCGGGUUAUGGACACCCUCUUUCACGAUCAUGGCAAUCACAAUCACGCUCACUAACAAAAGAUAUGUUCAUGUAUCCAAUCUUCAUCACUGAUCAAGAAGAUGCUGCUUUGGAUUUAGGAAGUAUGCCAGGUCAAAAACGUUGGGGUGUGAAUAGACUAGAAGGUUUCAUUGGACCUUUGGUAAAGAAAGGUUUGAGAAGUGUUAUCUUGUUCGGCGUCCCAGAAAAGAAGGCAAAAGAUCCUACCGGUACCCUUGCAGAUGAUCCACAAGGUCCUGUCAUUCAAGCAAUCAAAACAUUGCGUAAAUUGUUUCCCGAUCUUUAUAUCGCUUGUGAUGUUUGCUUGUGCGAAUACACUUCCCAUGGACAUUGCGGUAUCUUGUUCGAAGAUGGAUCGAUCAAUAACCCUCCUUCCGUUGCACGAUUGGCAGAAGUGGCAACGAAUUAUGCCAAAGCAGGAGCGCAUUGCGUUGCACCGAGUGAUAUGAUGGACGGACGUGUGAAAGCGAUCAAACAAGGUUUGAUUGAUUCAGGUUAUGGCGGAAAGGUUACUCUUAUGGCUUAUAGCGCCAAAUUUGCAAGCGGUCUUUAUGGUCCUUUCAGAGAUGCAGUCGCAAGUGCACCUUCUUUUGGCGAUCGAAAAUGUUAUCAACUUCCACCUUCUGCAAGAGGUUUGGCUAGAAGAGCGAUCGUAAGAGAUGUAAACGAAGGUGCCGAUCUUAUUAUGGUCAAGCCAAGUUUGCCAUAUCUUGACAUUCUAUCAGAAGCAAGAAAAGAAUUGUGUCCAGAUUUACCUUUGGCUGCUUAUCAAGUCUCUGGUGAAUUUGCCAUGAUUCAUGCAGGUGCAAAUGCAGGCGUUUACGAACUCAAACGAAUGGCUUUCGAGACAUCUGAAUGUUUGGUCAGAGCAGGUGCUACAUUGCUAUUAAGCUACUUUACACCUGAUUUCCUCGAUUGGCUGGACGAAGGACACCAGGUCCAAUGAAAGGAUAGGAAACAUGUCAUGAUUUCAUUACAGUGCAUGUAUC